AUGGCUGUUAGGCCCCAUGUUGAGCUUGUUUCGGUCAUUGUCUACCUACCCCAGACCCGUACACUUGAGUCAGAUAAUGAUUGGUAUGCCAGUGACGAUGCUUUUGUCGGUGAGCAUAACGGUUCCAUGAAAUGCGCUCCUGGUUGGUACUGCAUUUAUUACCGAAUUGAGACCGUCUUUCCCUUCUUUAGAUUACUAACUUGCGAUAUUCAUAGCUCCAACAUGGAUACAAAGCAUUGUUUUAAAUCUCCGUCGCAUGCCGUACUGAGUAUUGUGCUGUACCUGCUUAGCUAUGCAGAACACGACAAUCUCGACUAA